UGCCACCAUUUGUAUGGUGCUAGCAGAGCUUAGGUGUCUGCCAAUUUAUCCCUAUUGAGGGGGACUGAAUUCUGCAGGCAGACCUUAGUUGGGCACAAGCUUGCGUAAACUCAAGAAUCAGCCGCACCUGCAUCCAAGCUUCCAUUUAAGCCUAGCAGUCCAGGGCUCUUUUCCAGACAAAAUUAUCUUUAAAUCUUUCGAAAAUCUCAGUAAAAUGAAAAGUGCCACUUCAAUUCGUGUUCAUGAUGAUCAGUUUUUGCGACUUUCUUUGUUUUGUAACUUGUUCUGGGCACUGGGCCUGGGAUCAGGAUUUGUUCAUUUACGAAAUCGGUCUUGAAACUGAGCCCCACAUGCAAAGGAUAUCCAGUGCUUCGGAUAGUGGUGGACAAAAACUGUGCUCCUAUGUAUUAGCUUUCACAGAAGUGGCACUAUGGGCAUGAUAAAAGACAGCCUACACAUACUGUCACAUUAUGGAAAAUAGUGUCAUAUGUUUUGUUCAUGGCUAGUACUGAUGUUUACAAUCUCUGUCUGUCAGUGACAAAAGGAUUUGCACCGGAAUCCUACAUGUACAUGUAUGUAGCUUUGAAGUCUCAUGUCUGUUUUAUGUGAUUGUUUUUAAUCAGUCGUCCAGGAAGUUCACCCUUGUGGAUGUCGGCAAAGUGAUCCAGGAGCUGACCAUGGACACCUACGAGCCCCUGUACCUGCGGGAGAGGAGCAAGUACUUUCUAUCGGAGAAUGACAUCUGCAGAGGGCUGGAUAGGCCCACAGAGGAGUUAGGGGAGAUAAGACGCGAACACACCCUGAUGGAGGGUCUCCGAGCUGUGUCCAAUAACAUGGCUCGACCUGACUCUCCGGAGAAGAACCGAGACUUCCGCAGUCCAGUGCGAGAGCUCUUCCUCUAUGCUGUCCUGCAGAAUCGGGAGCAGAUGGCGCGAAUGUUCUGGGAGGAAGGGAAGGAAGCCAUUCCUAGCGCCCUGACUGCAAGCAAAAUAUUGACAUCCUUGGCUGCGAAGGAACCUGACCCUGACCAGAGCACUUUCAUGCAGUCGCAUGCCACGAGCUAUGAAGAUUUGGCCCUGGGUGUGCUGAACGAGUGCUACAACGAUGACUCUGACCGCACCUCCCUCCUGCUGGUGAGGGAACAGGAGAACUGGGGUAGGACCACCAGCCUGAGCCUUGCCAAGCAGGCCGACAACAAGAACUUCAUCGCGCACUCCGGAGUCCAGAACCUGCUGACAGAGAUCUGGAGUGGGAAGCUGUCGGACGAGAACAAUUACUGGCUGGUGAGCCGAUGA